AUGGCGUCCGCGAGUGAGAUACCGAGCUUUGAGAAAUGCCAGCUCAAAGCAACGACCGUACGGGAAAGGAAUGAACUGAUGUUUAAUAAUGAGAUACUCAGUGAUGUGCACUUCAUGGUGGGUAAAGAUAAAGUCCGAAUUCCUGGUCAUAAAUACGUUUUAGCCAUCAGUAGCCCGGUGUUUUUUGCUAUGUUUUACGGUCGAAUGGCUGAACAGGGAUCAGACGUGGCCGUUAGUGACUCCGAGGUUGAAUGUUUUAUGGAACUUCUGCGCUUCAUUUAUACAGACGAAGCAAUUUUGACGCUGGACAAUGCCCUUGGAGUUCUUUAUUUAGCAGAGAAGUACAUGUUGCCGGUGUUAGCAGCCAAGUGUAUCAAUUAUGUCGAAGCGAGUUUAAAUCCCGAGAAUGUUCUAACGGUUCUGAGCCAUGCAAGGUAUUUAGGAAAAGAAGAACUGCAGAAGAGGUGCUGGGAGGUGAUAGACACAUACACGACUCAAGUUCUAGAAUCAGAGGCAUUCCUAGAGCUUGAAAUAGAAACACUGUCGCUUCUGGUACAACGAAACACAAUAUCGGUUAAAGAGAUUCAAAUGUUUAAAGCUAUAAAUUCUUGGUCAGAGAAUGAAUGUCUUCGCCAAGGCAUUAAACCGAUUUCUGACAACAAGAGAACAGUGUCUUCGCAAGCCAUGAAAUUUAUAAGAUUUCCUCUGAUGACGCCCUUAGAAUUUGCUGACGAAGUUGCCAGAUCUGGAAUGCUUUCCUAUGAAGAAACAACCAACAUAUUUUUAUACUUCUUUUCCACCCGCGAAACCGAACUUCAAUUCUCUAAAAUUCCUCGAAAACCUAGGGAAACUUUGUUGAAGAAGACUUUAAGAUGCUCUAGAUUUAAGAGCUGUUGCGGAAAUGACUGGUUCUGUGACACAAGAAAAUGCGACGCUUUAAAAUUCAUGGUGAACCGAUCGGUUCACAUCAAAGGAAUAGCAGUUUACGGCGCAAGCAAACUUGAAGGUGAUUAUACUGCCAGCGUGCAACUCCUGAAACAGACCAAAGUCCUCGCUGACGGUGAACGUAUAUUUUCUUCUGGUACAAGCGCUUUGUUACACGACGUUCUGUUCGAUAGACCCUAUUUAGUCGACAAGAAUGAAGUGUACACAAUAAACUUGAUGUUACAAGGACCAUGUUCUCAAAGUGGAAGAGACGGAUUUUCCUCUGUUGAAACAGAGGGCGUGACGUUUACAUUUAUUGAAUACACUAGCCCCAAUGGUACAUCAGCAUCUGCUGGGCAAAUCCCUGAAAUUAUCUUUCAGCUUUAA